AUGUCUCUUUCUCUCUUAAUGUUCUCUCUCUUCCAAAUUCAAAUUUUUCUCUCAUAUAAAAUGUCUCCAUAUUUUACUUCCCAUUCUCAAUUCUCCCUUUCUGUCUCCCUUUCCCGAACAGAACUAGUCUCUCUUUUUAUUUUGCCAAUCUUCUGUCUCUGGUUCAUAUAUACUCCAAUCUCUCUCACACCCGGCAAAUGCAGGAGAAUAGAAUCUUCUCAUCUAUCUAUCUAUCUAUCUAUCUAUCUAUCUAUCUGUUUGUUUCGCUUUUUCUUUCUUUCUCACUCUCUUUUCAUCUAUCUAUCUAUCUAUCUAUCUAUCUAUCUAUCUAUCUAUCUAUCUAUCUGUUUGUCUCCUUCUUUCUUUUUUUCUUUCUUUCUUUCUCAAUCUCUUCUUAUCUAUCUAGUCCCGUUUGUUUAUACUUAUCGUUUUUAUUUAUUAUUUGUAUCUUCUUUCUGCAUUUUUCUUUUCAUCGUUAAUAUUCCGCCCCCUUGUUUUUUUCACUUACUUAUUGUCUAUUUUCCUCCUCCGUAUCUUUCGUUUUUUUCUUUCUUAACUAGUUUUCCUUUUAUUUCUCAUUUUCUUUGUCUUUUUUUCGUCUUUCUUAUUUAUUCUUUACUUUUACUAAGUUUUAUUUCUAUUCUUCUUUCUUAUUCACUUCUACGCACCUUUGUUCUUUAA